AUGAUAGGAAUACAAGAAGGAAGAGCAUUUUUUAAUCCUACGAGGAAUCCUAAUAAUAGACCAGAGAAUAAUAUUAGAAUAGAAGAGAAUUUACCAAGUCUUAAUGAAGUAUAUAAUUAUUUCCAAGAUUUUUUAUCGAGAUAUUCUUCUAAUACAUUAAAAGAAGGAAAUUUAAAAAGAACAUUAUUUGAAAAUGUAAAGAAUAAUAAUUUUACAUUAGAUUUAAAAUUAGAUGAUAUAUAUAAACAACAAACAGUUUUUGAAAACAAUGAAAUUAGUGCAACACCUAGAUCAGAAAGGAAAAUGAAGAAACCAGAAAAUUAUUCAGCAAUAUUAGCUAGGGCAUUAUCUGAAAGACCCCUUACUUAUUUACCUACUAUUGAAAGAGUUUGUUAUGAAGUUUGUGAAACUGCUAAUAUUUUAAAUGAUGAAGAUGAACAUUUAAAUUAUGUACAAAUUAAUUUAUUAAAUACAUUUAUUAGACCAACACCUAUAAGAGGACUUUUAGCAGCUACACAAGAAAGAUUUGUGGUUGUUCCUGGUAUUAUUGUUCAAGCUAGUAAACCACAACAUAAAAUGAGAAAAAUUACUUUACAAUGUCGUUAUUGUGAUCAUAAAAUGUCUAUUGAUGUACCUUUAUGGAGAGAUAAACCACAAUUACCUCCAUAUUGUAGAUAUUCUUCUACUAUGAAAUCUUCUAUGGGAUUAGGUAAUGCUAUGGAUAGUCAAUUAGGAUGUAAUGGUGUUUUAGAACCAUAUGUUAUACUACCAAAUGAAUGUACUUUUGUUGAUAUUCAAUCUUUAAAAAUGCAAGAACUACCUGAAGCUGUACCAACUGGAGAUAUGCCUAGACACUUACAAUUAAAUGUUACUAGAUAUUUAUGUGAAAAAAUGAUACCAGGAGAUCGAGUUUAUGUUCAUGGUGUAUUGACUUCUUAUAACCCUAACCCUAGACCUACCAGAGCAGAUGGAACGAAUUUUUCUUAUUUACACGUUUUAGGAUUUCAAAAAUAUGAUGACAUGUCAGGAAAUGAUUUAAAUUUUGAUGUAGAAGAAAGAAAUGAAUUAACAUUAUUAGCUGCUGAACAUAAUAUACAUGAAAAAAUAUUUAAAUCUAUUGCCCCUGAAUUAUAUGGAAUGGAUGAAGUAAAAAAGGCUUGUGCAUGUUUAUUAUUUGGUGGUACCAGAAAAAGAAUUGGUGAGGAAACUAAAAUUAGAGGAGAUAUUAAUAUGUUAAUGUUAGGUGAUCCUUCUGUUGCUAAAUCACAAAUAUUAAAAUUUGUAAAUAGAUGCGCACCUGUUUCGGUUUAUACAUCUGGAAAAGGUAGUAGUGCAGCAGGAUUAACAGCAGCUGUUAUGAGAGAUAGUCAAGGUGUCUUUUCUUUAGAAGGUGGAGCUAUGGUUUUAGCAGAUGGUGGAGUUGUUUGUAUUGAUGAAUUUGAUAAAAUGAGAGAUGAUGAUGUAGUUGCUAUUCAUGAAGCUAUGGAACAACAAACCAUUUCUAUUUCUAAAGCAGGUAUAACAACUAUGUUAAAUACAAGAUGUUCAGUUAUUGCUGCAGCUAAUCCAUCAUUUGGUUCUUAUGAUGAUUCUCAAGAUACUACUUAUCAACACGAUUUUAAAACAACCAUAUUAUCAAGAUUUGAUAUCAUUUUCUUAUUAAGAAAUAAACAAGAUGUAGAAAAAGAUACCUUGUUAUGUAACCAUAUUGUAGCCUUACAUGCAUCAAAACAUAAAUCACAAGAAGGAGAAAUUCCAUUAUCCAAACUUACAAGAUAUAUUCAAUAUGCUAAAAGGGAAAUUGCACCCUUAUUAUCAAAGGAAGCAAGAGAUUCAUUAAGAAACUUUUACGUACAAACAAGAGCUGAAUAUAGGGGAGAUAGAAGAUCAGUAACUAAAAAAAUACCUAUCACUUUAAGACAAUUAGAAUCGUUAAUUCGAUUAGCAGAAAGUUUUGCUAAGAUGGAAUUGUCUCAGUUUGCUACUGACAAACAUGUUCAAAUGUCCAUUGAUUUAUUUUCCGCUUCAACUGCAGAAACUGCAAAGCAAUGUUUGAUUUUUGAAACAAUGUCUCCAUUAGAACAAAAAGCUGUCAAGCAAGCGGAAGAUGCUAUAUUAGGUCGACUUGGAAAAGGACAAAGAGCAUCAAGAGUUAAUUUAUUUAGGGAACUACAAUUAAGAGGUUUUGACAGAUCAGCAUUAUCGAAAGCAUUGGCUAUAUUAAUUAAAAAGGGUGAACUCCAAGAAAGAGGAGAUCGUUCAGUCAGACGUACAUAA